AUGGUCGUCAAACCACGUCGUGCCCCAGCGGCCGCUGCGCCUCCUGACGAUGAUGCAGUUGACGCCCCCCAGGCCGACCCCAAGGUCCAAGGAGAGGUUCGGAAACGUCUUGUGCUGAAAUUUCUUUUGCAGCCAGGGGUACUGAUGAAAUUGUUUAGCAUUGCCGGGGAGUCAAACGGGGACAUUCGACGGAUUUUGCACUGGGUGUUGAAGCACGACGGCGGCAGCAUUUCGGCUGCCGACAUGGUCAACAUCAGGAAUCGCUACGGCUUCUCGCAGGACGAGGAUGUGGAUGAUGCCGACGUCUUGGAGUCCAGGAUUAGCACUUUCACUGCUUGGUGCGCAGGGGUGCCAAUCGAACGUUCGCUGUCUCGACUUUGCGCGCACCUCCGACCGGGGAGUUCUUACAAUUACCGAGUGCAGCAACUAUUCGGAGACAGUCCAAGUGUUCUGGGCCAUGCUGCCCGCGUUGUGUGGGCUGGAGCCGCGCAUGUCUGGUGGCGCUUGUGGAAGCAAAUGGUUGAUGGCUUCCCUGCCCGGACAUUUGCCGCGUGCAGUCCGUUGCUCAAGCCCGAGUGUAGACGUGCGAAGUGCAUGGGCGUUGCAAGCUCGCCAUCGUGCUGCUUGGAUGACUCAUUCACUGGCAACCUGUUUCGGAGCAUGGAGCAGUGCGAGCAGGGGGAGGGCGAAGAUGCGGCGGCAUUUUCAUCGAGAGUUGCGCAUGCGAAGGCCGCUUUCCUUGCUUCUGAUCUCGUUCAGCGAAAAGUUAACGUCAUUGCCAAGCAGGGUCGGAUCGCAGUUUGGGCAAUGGAAUGCGAACAUGCGCACACAAAUGCUGACGCUGGUGCUUCGAAGCAUCUGGGUCCAGGCAAAUCUUUGGAAACGCUAUCAGCCGACCACGUCAUAUCAGCUGCCAAGGCACACCUGCCAACCUCUAUUGACAGUGAAGGCGGACGCGGUCGCCGUCAAGGCCGGGGAGGGCGUCGCUGUGCCAAGCGGAAGUGGGCGGAUGCCUUGGAUGGCGCGCGAAGGAACGCCAGAUCAGGUCAGACCACCAGUUGGGCGAAGUUCAAGGCGGAGGCAUGGGCAAAAUCGAGGCAAGCCGCCAUGAAUUUCCGCAGUAUUAACGAUCCCGCCUUCCUGAGAUACGCAUGCGACAGAUGGAGGCAGCUCCCAGUGGAGGGUCGCCGUCGGUUUAAGCUCGCCGCUCAAUCACACAAUGCUCAACGACGUGCCCCAGGGCGUCGUCGGCGGCUGGCCGCGGCGGCUGGCCCAGUGGGCCCGGGCCGCCCGCGCCUAUCGGGAGCUUGGGGCACUGGGGACGAGAAGGAUAUGCUUACGGUGUAUGAUAUUGUGACGGGCCUGCAGCAUGGUUUCAACCGCAGCACCGCAGUGACUGCAUUUCAAGAGAGGCACCAUCACGUUUCAGGAUCACCUGAGACCGAACGUGUUCUCCUUCAAAACGCUGCUGAGUUCAAGGUGCCUUGCUGCAAGCUGGGGUACUGCCAACAGGCCGUCGGUGAUCGCUUCUCUGACAUGGCAUCCAUCCACUCGGACAUGCAGCGCGUCAUGAUUGAAGAGUGCGGCAAAGAGAAGGUGGCCAACAACGGCGUUUUGCUCUAUUUGUUUGCGGUCGGCAGGGCCGCUACCGAGGGGGCGACUCACGCCUUCGCCAGCAUGUGUUGCAUCAGCGCUAUGCAAGUGAUGAACCCAAUAUAUUCGAUCAUGUUGCGCGUGUCUCGUGUUGAAGCCGACCCGCCAGAGCAGCGCCUUGGGUCUUUCGAUGACGUUUGGAUUGAAGCACGUGGUGGCGCCCUCGUUCCUACGUCGGUUCGGCUAUGUUCAUGCCACUGCGGCUUGGACUUUGUUCAUUCCAAGACAAUGGUGGUUGAGGUCCUCGCAACGUGGUCAAGGGCAAAUAUGCGCAUUGGAAUGGCGAGUUUAUCCUAUGAGCAUGAGGCCUUGGACGUGCUCAAGAUCACUGGAGUAGAGUGGUCGAAACCCCUAGACAGUGAUGACUUCGACGGCGACGAAGACCCAGAUGAUCCCCUGGCAUGGGUCGCAGAUGCAGACGGCGAUGAGGAAGACGUUGAUCCCGAGAUGGAGCAGCUGUGCCGCGAUAUUCGCCGAGAGUACGCCAGUGUUCGCCGCGAUCGAGCUCGACGGAUCGAUGCUGCCCGCCGUCGUCGAGCCCAACCUAAAGCAGCUCCUGUACCGCCAGCGCCUCACCAGGCUCAGGUUGUUGAAAGCUCGGUCAGUCGACGAUGUAAGUGA